AUGGAUGAUAGAGUUGUGUUGAAGAUUUAUUGUUAUGGGCAGAUUUUGUUGCAAACAUACGAAGGAGUUCAAUUUGUGUGUGAAAAUCCAGUAGAUGUUGUUAUUCCGUUCACGUUGUCGUUUGAGGAAUUGAAAGGUGUGAUUUGUGAGAAGAUAGAUUCUCAAAGAUCUAGAAGAGUAUCCUAUAUUUUGUACAGAUAUCCUUUAUCUGUGUUUGGUGGGUUCGUUCAAUUUCAGACCAAGUACGUGACGGAUGAAGCGAGUAUGCAUGAAAUGUUUUCAAUGUAUAUGGAAAAUCGCCACCGAAUGUCUUAUAUCGAGUUGUAUGUUGAGUUUGAGCAAUCUGAAGCGGACUGUAACAUUGUGUUGGAAGAUUAUAAUAGUGAAAGCGAGGAUGAAUUUGAAAGUAACUAUGAGAUUGUUGGUCCAGGUGAACACGAAGAUGAAGCUGGCGGCGACAUGAAUGCAGAUGUGGCGGCAGUUGUAGAUGCACUAGCAAACCCGCAUCCGUUUCAGGAGCCUUCUUUCAUGCGGUCGUUGGAUUUGGAGGCUAUGCACGCACCGGAGUUUCCGCAAUAUAUGAAUCCAGUGGGGAUGGAAUUCAGUUCAAGGGAGGCAGUAAUCAAGGCAAUGAAAGAUUAUACCAUCCGGAGAGGUGUAGAUUAUCGGGUAUAUGAGUCGGAACCGACGACAUUCUAUGCCAAAUGUACAGAAUAUGGUAAUGGUUGUGACUGGUUGAUCAGGGUUACCAAAAUGCAGAAGAAGUACUGUUGGGAGAUAAGGAAGCUGGAUUCGAAGACAGUUGUAGAAGCAAUUAAGCCAUUGGUAGAGGCUGACCCGUCUAUGAAGGUAAAGUCAAUAAUUGCUGAAGUCCAGUCAAAGUUUAACUACACCAUCAGUUAUCGCAAGGCUUGGUUAGCAAAGCAACAGGCGGUGGAAUCAAUUUUCGGAGGUUGGGAGGCAUCGUAUGAAGCUUUGCCCAUAUGGUUUGAGGCGAUGUGUCACAAGGAGCCAUCAGCAGUGGUUCACUUCGAAACAAUGCCUGCUUACCAGGGGGAUGAUUUGGUUCCUGAUAUACGUGUACUGCAUAGAGUCUUCUGGAGUUAUUACCCUUGUAUAAGGGCCUUCAGACACUGCAAGCCAGUGGUCCAGGUGGACGGGACUCAUUUGUAUGGAAAAUACAAGGGUUGUUUAUUGGUUGCAGUCUCACAAGAUGGUAAUAACAACAUCGUGCCUAUUGCAUUCGCAAUAGUGGAGGGAGAGACUUCUGACGCAUGGUACUUUUUCCUGAGUAACUUGCGUCAACAUGUGGUGACACGUGAUGGUGUGGGACUCAUCUCUGAUCGACACGAUUCUAUUAGGUUAGCUAUUGAGAGAAGUAACGGGGCUUGGUCUCCUCCUAGAGCGUUCCAUAUGUUUUGUAUCCGACAUAUUGAAUCCAACUUCUUGAGGAAGUUCAAGGCACCUUACUUGCACAGUCUCACAAGAUGUGGUGACGUGAUGGGUGUGGGACUCAUCUCUGAUCGACACGAUUCUAUUAGGUUAGCUAUUGAGAGAAGUAACGGGGCUUGGUCUCCUCCUAGAGCGUUCCAUAUGUUUUGUAUCCGACAUAUUGAAUCCAACUUCUUGAGGAAGUUCAAGGCACCUUACUUGCAGAAGCUAAUAGUCAAUAUUGGAUACUCGAGGACCAUCAGGGAGUACCAGAUGCGCUAUGAACGAUUAAAGGAACGGGGUGAGGCUUACACCAACUGGCUUGAUCGGAUCCCACGUGAGCAGUAUGCUUUGGCAUUUGAUGGUGGAUACCGAUGGGGUCAUAUGACCACCAAUCUUGUGGAGUGCAUCAACUCCGUCUUAAAGGGUGCACGCAAUCUCCCGGUGACUGCGCUUGUUAAGGCUACAUUUUAUAGACUGAAUGAGUUGUUCACUAGAAAAAGAGCUGAAGCUGAAGCCCGAAUAAAUGUUGGACUUGUGUUCUCUGAGUUGGUGACCACCAAGGUGCAUGCAAAUCAACGGGCAUCGGGUAACAUACAGGUUAGUUGUUUUGAUAGAGAAAAUGAAGUAUUUGAGGUACGGGAGAUGCCAAGUGGGGUUGAGUAUGCAGUUGACCUACGCCAGCGUCGUUGCGACUGUGGUGAAUUUCAGGUUGACCGAAUUCCGUGUCGACAUGUGUUUGCUUGUUGUGCAAAUCAGCGGUUGGACUGGCAAGUGUACGUUCAUGAUGUAUACAAGAUGGACCAAGUUCGAAGAGUAUACAGGGCUAGGUUUAGACCACUGGGAAAUCCUGCAACCUGGCCUGCUUAUCAUGGACCUCGAUUUGUUGGAAACCCGUUCCUCAGACGUGUGGCCAAAGGUCGUCCGAAGAUGACCCGCUUCUUGAAUGAGAUGGACACUCGUAUGUUGCGUCGCCCUAGGCGAUGCAAGCAAUGCGGUGCCGAUGGCCAUAGUCGUAGUAAAUGUCGCCAAAGUGCCGGACCAAGUGCAGGUCCAGUCGAAGAGUAG